GAAGGCGGACGAAGGAAGGCGGAUGUGAGCCAGCCGAGCUCGUGAAGAUUUGCCAGCUGGCCGAGUGUCGUCAACACCACAACCGCCGCGUUCGUCCACGACUCCAGUCCGAAUGUAUGGAGGCUCCGCUCGCUUAUUUGUCGAUUCGAGCCCGUCGCGAUGGAAUUGAAACCGCGGAGGCAGCUCACGUCGACUCGGCGAAGCGGGAUGUAAACAAAACAGCGCGGCGGCAAUGGCGAGAGGAACAAAAGAGACUGGUCUUCAACUAACCAGCAGUUAAACCGGUUAACGUUAGCCGACUUAACUGGGACUUCAUUACAGGGGAGGACCCAGUUGCAUCCUCGUCUAACGAAAGCCGAACUGAAGUGAAUGCCUGUUGGCCAUGGCGGCUGUGGUUAGUUACACGCCACCGUGGUGGGUCAACCUGCUGCACCGACUUCCACAUUUCAACUUCAGGUUCGAGCGAACGAGCGGCGACUUCCAGCCAGAGGACUGGACCUAUCAACAGUCCAUCCUGUUACUCGGAGGUGUGGCGCUGGCCUGUCUGGCUCUGGACCUGCUGUUCCUGCUCUUCUACUCCAUUUGGUUGUGCUGCCGGCGCAACAAAAACCAGGAUCAACCCUCGGCCGACUGCUGCUGCACCGCUUGGUGUGUCAUCAUCGCAACGCUCGUGUGCAGCGCUGGCAUUGCUGUAGGUUUCUAUGGGAACGGCGAGACUUGCGACGGAGUGAAUCGGCUGACUUAUUCCCUGCGCCAUGCAAAUCGCACAAUCAGUGGUGUGCAGAAGCUGGUUUCCGAUGGAACGUCUUCGCUGAACCGGACGGUAGAUGACAACCUGCAGCAGCUUGAGGGCCAGUACGCCCAGCACGCGGACUACCUGUCCAUCAUCCAAAAGCUGCAGGGAGAGCUGGACGAGCUGGUCAAGCAGAUGGCGGAGAUCCCUUUCUGGGACAACAGCAACAUCUCCCUGGAGGAGCUGGCUGUCCGAAUCGAGCUGUAUGACUGGUACAGGUGGCUGGGCUAUCUCGGUCUGCUGCUUUUCGAUGUCCUCAUUUGUCUGCUGGUGCUGUUUGGCCUCAUUCGCAAGUCCAAGGGGACGCUGAUCGGGGUGUGCUUGUUUGGUGUCGUGGCUCUGGUGGUCAGUUGGGCCUUGCUUGGGCUGGAGUUUGCUGUCUCUGUGACCUCCAGCGACUUCUGCGUGGCUCCUGACACGUACGUCACCCAAGUGGCUGACCAGUAUGGAGUCAUUAAUCAAGAAAUCCUCAAGUACUACCUUAGUUGCAGUUUGGAGCAAACCAACCCCUUCCAGCAGAAGCUGUCUGGGAGCCACAAAGCACUUGUUGAGAUGCAGGGCGAUGUGCUGGAGCUUCUGCGCUCGUCCACCGGGGAAUACAAACAAACUCAGGGAAGCUUGGAGCAGAUCCAGGGGAUACUGAACACCACAGAGAUCAGCCUUCAUCAGCUCACAGCCUUGGUGGACUGCCGCAGCCUGCACAUGGACUACGUGCAGGCCGUGACGGGGGUGUGCUACGACGGGCUGGAGGGCCUCAUCUACCUGGUGCUCUUCUCCUUCGUGACGGCCCUUAUGUUCAGCUCCAUUGUUUGCAGCGUGCCUCACACCUGGCACAAAAAGCGGGCUGCAGCGGCUCCCUCUGGUGGCGCCUCACAGUGUCUUCUGCCGUGUCUUGCCAGGGCGGAGGAGGACAGCGAUGACGGCUCGCUGGGUCGCAGCGGGAGGCAGAACCAUGACAACCUGUACCGUGUCCACAUGCCCAGCUUAUACAGCUGUGGCAGCAGCUACGGCAGCGAGACAUCCAUCCCUGCCGCCGCGCACACCGUCACCAACGCGCCAGUCACCGAGUACAUGACUCAGAACGCCAACUUCCCAAACUCCCGCUGUGAAAACACGCCCCUGAUCGGCCGAGAGUCUCCUCCGCCCUCGUUGUAUUUGACUCCCGCCCACACUAACAGCGGCCACAGCUGGCAGCUAAAGCCUUCGGACAGCUCCAGAUCGUUUUGGUAACCUCGCCUGCCAUGCUAACAGAUACGUUUUCAACGUGAGACAACAGGAUAUCAACAACUUGGGAGUAUUUGAGGAGGAGUGGCGUGACAAAAUGGAGUCAUCAAUACUAAACAUACUCAGGUGAUACAGUAGGAGACGACAGUUCUGUAACAUCUUCUGAACACCUCUGAAGAUAAGUAUUAAAAGCAUGGUUGCAUCCUAAAUGUUCUUGUACGACAGAUUCUGUACCAAAAUGUCCAAGAAAAACAACGACAUGACCUUUUAAAGGAGACGUAUUAUGCAUUUUUUUUUCCACAAUCAAAGCAGUUUGCAGAUAUUUUAAUAACAUAUAUGACAUGUUUUCGUCAAAAUACGCCAAGAAUCUCAGCACACCCUAUUCUUUCUUGUCUUGCUGAAUUGGAAUUCCUGAAUCAAAAUGAAUUAUCCCGUUUUUAGGAGCGGGCCAGUGGUGCACAGUCCAGAUUGGACACAUCACCAAACAGGAUAUUAAUGUGGUUAUUUAAUAUCACAGUUGCUGGGUGGGCAGGCACACCAGAGGCCAGAUAUACAAGCAAGCCAUAAUAUGUCCCCAUUAAAAUGAAUAUACUGUUGUUUGCACUUCUAUUUUCUUUGUGGUGCUGCUUCUGUGUUUUGAUCAGCUUUCUACCGCAGUGUUUCCCAACUUUUGAGCCAUAUGAAUACUUAAAUAAUGAUGUUGUUGUCUCAGCUUAGUCACAGUUGUACUUACUGUGAUAUCUGGGCCUGUUUGUUUGAACACUUAGCGCAUACGCUCACUCUGUUGUAGGAAUGGCAGGUUUAUUUUUUAUUUCUUCCAUCUAGUGGAAGCACAUAACAUUUUUCUGACUGUCAAUACACAUCACUGACAUAGAUAAAUGAACAAUGAUAUUUUGUAAUAAGUAAAUAAGUUUCCAAACAGACCAAUUAAGUGAAAUUCUCUCAUAUCACCUUGGUUGGGAAUCACUGGUUUACUCUACUCCCUGGUGUUUAGCUUAAGAAGUGACCUGUUUGCAGCCAUGAUGGGUGGUGCAUGUUUAACCUUUGUGUCCUCACCCUUACCCCGUCAUGAAGAAUUUUUCUACUCUAUUUUAAAGUGCUCGGGAAAAUCUUUAAGACUUUAUGUCAGUUUUUUUUAUCUUAUUUUUUGUUGUUACUAUUUUGUUCUAUUGGUCAUAUUUUUCCUUCUGCUUUUUGC